AUGGCUGGUUCUCAGGGAUUGCUAACAUUCAAGGAUGUAGCCAUCGAAUUCUCUCAGGAGGAGCAGGCGUGCCUGGAUCCUGCUCAACAGAAUUUGUACAGGGAUGUAAUGUUAGAGAACUACAGAAACCUGGUCUUCCUGGGUCUCGUUGUUUCUAAGCCGGACCUGAUCACCUUUCUGGAGCAAAGACAAGGGCCCUGGAAUGUGAAGAGACAUGAGACAGUAGCCAAACUCCAGGAGAAGUCUUAUGAAUGUAAUAAAUGUUUAGAAGCUUCUACCAAGUCAUCAAAUCAUAAUCAGCAUCAAAGAAUCCAUUUUGGAGUAAAUGCAUACAGAUAUAAUAAAUGUGAGAAAGUCUUUAGUCAAUCAUCAAGUCUAAAAAAAUAUGAGACAAUUCAUACUGAGGAGAAACUCUACAAAUGUAAUGAAUAUGGCAAAGUUUGUAACCGUAUCUCACAACUUAGUCAACAGCAGAGAAUUCAUACUGAAAGGAAACAAUACAAAUAUAAUGAAUGUGGCAAAGCCUUUAAACGUGGUUCACAUCUUAUUCAACAUCAGAGAAUUCAUACUGAAGAGAAACAGUACAAAUGUAAUCAAUGUGGCAAAGCCUUUAAACGACGUUCACAUCUUACUCAACAUCAGAGAAUUCAUACUGGACAGAAACCCUACAAAUGCAAAGAAUGCAGCAAAACCUUCAACUCUAGUACACAUCUUACUCAACAUCAGAGAAUUCAUACUGGAGAGAGACCUUACACAUGUAAAGCAUGCAAUAAAUCUUAUACUAGUUCUUCAAGUCUUAUUCAGCAUCAGAGAAUUCACACUGGAGGGAAACCCUACAAAUGUAAUGAGUGUGGCAAAACCUUUCACUGUAAUGCAUAUCUUAUUGUGCACCAGAGAAUUCAUACUGGAGAAAAACCCUACAAAUGUAAAGUAUGCAGCAAAUCUUAUAUUCAUCAUUCAAGUCUUAUUUAUCAUCAGAAAAUUCAUACUGAAGAGAAACUUUACAAAUGUAAAGAAUGUGGCAAGUCCUUUAACUAUAAAUCAUAUCUUACUGAGCACCAGAGAAUUCAUACUGGAGAAAAACCUUACAAAUGUAAAGUGUGUAGUAAAUCCUAUAGUCAUUCUUCAAGUCUUAUUCAGCAUCAGAGAAUUCAUACUGGAGAAAAACCUUACAAAUGUAAAGCAUGCAGUCAAUCUUAUACUCAGGCUUCAGGUCUUAUUCGGCAUCAGAGCAUUCAUACUGGAGAGAAACAUUAUAAAUGUGAAGAAUGUGGCAAAGCCUUUUACCAUAGUUCAAAUCUUAGUCGACAUAAAAGAAUUCAUGGUAGAAAAACUCUAUAG